GAACAUGGGUUGGGGGUGUGAGUGGGUGACCAGGGACCCUCGCGGGCGGCGCUUUAGCCUCGGGUCCCCGAAGUAGGUGGAGAUACUCGGGUGCAGCUACCGAUUCGGGACCAAGGGCGUGCACCAGUUCUUGAUCCGGUAGUGCCCUUGUCCCAGGCCUGCGAAUGCCGAGGUUGGUGAAGACAGGCCAAGUGCUGGGCUGUGGGGAGGUCCUGAGAAACCCGCCUUCCCUUCCUCCAGUGCCAGGCCGGUUUAGUGCAGGAUCUGAGGACUGAAGCCCAGGAGGAUGGAGUACUCAACAGCAGAUUUGGAGGAGAGGGGCUCUGCCGCUCUCCUUGUAUUUUGAGCAGACGCUUAAGUAGGAAGCAUGAGGUGGGAGUUGAGAUUCUUGGUGUUUGGUUUGGGGACCCAGCGGGUCCCCUGGGUAGUGAAGAGACCAGGUUUGAGUUGCAGAUUCUUGUUCCAGAAGAGGCAGUGCUACUUGAGCGAGCCCUCUGAGAAUCGCUGAGGGGCUUCAGACUCCCAGUUUGAAGGAGGGCCCAGGGGGCGCGUUCUAGUCGGAGCGCUCCCUGCACGUGCUGCGGGGUAUUCGAAUGGGAAGCGGAGAUUUGGACUGGUAAUCCUGGGAUCCAGGUAGGGUAACGCAGGGCCGUAGGGCAUUCAAGUUUGGUGGAGACUUUGGGUUGGAGGUGCAGAAUUGGCGUCCGGGAAGGACGGAGCUGCAGCAGCUGCCUGACAUGGACAGCUCUUUGGUAAGGAAGCAGGGUGCUGGGAGCAUGAUCAUGAAGUAGGCUUUCCCAGGGCCUUUGCUCCGGGGCUACUCUGCUUGCAGGCAUGAGAAUGCCCGGGUUGGUAGAGGAACAGAGUCUGGCCGCAGAUUUGGACCUGGAAGGGGCAGAAUGGGGAGACAUGAAUGGUCUUGAGACCCUAGUACUGCCUGAGAUGCUCAGGCGAGUGGAGAGAGCACCUCCACUCCAGAGAUUUGGGGCUGCAGAGGAUUAGGGCUGCUUCCUGUCCCCUGUGCACGAGCGGGCAGGCGCACACACAUGGGUAUUUGGACGGGGAACAGGAGGCUGUAGGUGGGAAUUAGAGGGUGCUGGGGUCUUUGUACAGAGGGUGCUCUAAUCACAUGUUGGUGGUACCCAAGGUGGUGGGAAGAUAGGAUCUCCCUAAGCCGCAGGUGCCCAGAAGUAUAUUUGGGCAGGAAUCUGGGCAGGUAUAGCUCAAGUCGGGGUCUUUGGGUGUUGGUGGAGGAAGUGGUGUGUGUGCAGGUUCAGGACAGAGCCGCGUUGUGAACCCACGCUAUAUCUUUGGAGUAAGAAUCUGGUGGGAAUAAGGGGAUGUGGAUAAGGGGGAGAGAUGGAGUGGGGUUGGUAAUGUGGUGUGUGGGCUGGGACUUCCCAGGGGCUGUUCUAGUCUCAGACCCAGAAAUCUCGAGCUGGCACAAAGACAGAUGAGGUCCACUUUCUGGGCGGAGGAAGGGGUGGCACGUGCUGGGGUGUGUCAGGAAGCUCCCAGGCCCAUGUCGGCUCUGCUGCUGAUUCAUGCCUGAGGGUCCCCAGGUUGGUGGAGGGACUAGAUCUGAGCUACAUGUUGGAGGCUCAGGCGGGUUUGGGACUGGAGAUCCUGCUGGUGCUGUUCUGGUAGGGAAGAACAGUGGAGCCCAGAACGAUGGAGGCACCAGGCCCUCCCUAUGUGUGACCCAGCUCUGUGCAUAUGCUUGGUUAUUUCAGCUGGAAGUGGGAGGCCAUUCAUGACAGGUUGCGAGAGGGUCAGGUGAGGUGAAUGGAGGGGUCGGAUCCUGGGAUGGGUGGGGCUGUGUCAGGAGCUUCAUGCAUUCAGGGAGGGUAAUUCUGCGUGGUCCAUCCCAGAAGCCCUGCUCCUUGCCCGAGGAAGGGGAGCUUGUUUAGGGUGCAGAAUCAGGUCAUGGUGGGGGAGGAGCGCAUGCUAGGUGGACCUCAGUGUGCUGGGCAUUUGUGAGGAUCUCAGAACCCGGUGGCGCAGGGAGGGACUGACUUGUGCUGCAGACCUCAGUGGUGGGCAGAGGCUGUGUUUGGGCAUUACUUACAGUUAGGGGUCCAGAGUCCUGUGAUGGUAGUGGGAGUACUAGGUUGCAGGUGCAGAGUCUUGGCCUGGGACAGGGACUGUGGGACUCUAGGUGCAUGCAGAGCUUUUCAGGCAGAGAGCUCUAGAUGCACGCUUGCCAUGGGGAAUGCAUCCUGGAAGCAGAGACUAAUCCUGGGUGUGGGGAGGUGCAGGGGUGGGGGGGCACCACAGUGGAUUGGCGCCAGGGUGCUCUUCUCAGGGCUUCUGCCCUUACAGCUCAGGACCCUUAGACCUCUGCCUGUGCCUGGAAGAGCAUGGAAGAGCGGGAUGAGAAGCCCCCAGAACCUCUGAAGAUCUGUGCACAGAACUCUCCUCUUGCUCAAGAGAUUAUCGUUAAGGUCGAGAGAGAAGAUGCCGGGUCACUGGCCCUUCCAUCCCAGGAAGGAGUGAACUUCAAAAUUGUGACUGUGGACUUCACUCAGAAGGAAGAAAGCACUUUGAACCCUGCUCAGAGGAUCCUGGACAGAGAUAUGAUCCUGGAGAACCAUAGGGACCUGGUCUCUUGGGAUUUGGCAAUGGCACUUGGAAGAAGAGAAUCAACCUCAAAGCAGAACAUUUUUGAUGAAGAACCAUCCCAUGGAGUGAAGUUGGAAAGGUUGACAAGAGAUGAUCCUUGGUUGUCUUCGUGUGAAGAAGUUCAAGAUUGUAAGGACCAUUUGGAAAAGCAACAGGAAAGACAAGAGAGACCUUUGAAGGAAAUAGCAUUUACUCCCAGGAAAGCGAUUACUUAUGAGAAGGUCUAUAAAAGCGAACUUGAAGAGAAGAGUGGUCUGAAUUCCAGUUUUCUUUCGCCCCAGAUGAUGCCCAUAAGAAGCCAUUUUCAUAAACAUGCCUCACAUGUUAAAAAAUUGCAUUAUGAUUCUAUUGUAAACAGUCAUGAGAAGAUUAAUGACAGUGAGAAACACUGUGACAAUAAUGAAUGUGGAAACCCUGAUCAGAACAUUCACCUUAUUCAGUUUACAAGAACUCAAACAGGAGAUAAAUCCUAUGGAUUUAGGGAUAGUAUUCAAUCUCUUAGCCAUAAUGUACCUCUAAAUAUACAUCAGAAAAUAGACGCAAGAGGAAGGUCCUUAGAUUUUAAGGAAUGUGGGCAAGUUUUGAACCACAGUAUAACCCAUAAUGAACAACAGAGAAUACCUGUUGAAGAGAGUCAGUAUAACUGUGGUAAAACCUCCCAGAGUUCAUCCCUUGCCCAAAACCUGAGAAACCAUUCUGAAGAGAAACCCUUUGAAUGUAAUCAGUGUGGGAAAUCCUUCAGCUGGAGCUCUCAUCUUGUUGCACAUCAGAGAACUCAUACAGGGGAGAAACCUUAUGAAUGUAAUGAGUGUGGGAAGUCCUUCAGCCGGAGCUCUCACCUUGUUUCUCACCAGAGAACUCAUACUGGAGAGAAACCUUACAGAUGUAAUCAGUGUGGGAAAGCUUUCAGCCAGAGCUAUGUUCUUGUGGUGCACCAGAGAACUCAUACUGGAGAGAAACCUUAUGAAUGCAAUCAGUGUGGGAAGUCAUUCAGGCAGAGCUACAAACUUAUUGCCCAUCAAAGAACUCACACGGGAGAGAAGCCCUAUGAAUGCAGUCAGUGUGGGAAAUCAUUUAUCCAGAGCUAUAAGCUUAUUGCACAUCAAAGAAUUCAUACUGGAGAGAAACCCUAUGAGUGCAAUCAAUGUGGGAAGUCCUUUAGUCAAAGUUACAAACUCGUUGCCCAUCAGAGAACUCACACAGGAGAAAAACCCUUUGAAUGUAAUCAGUGUGGAAAAUCCUUCAGCUGGAGCUCUCAGCUUGUUGCCCAUCAAAGAACUCAUACUGGCGAGAAACCCUAUGAAUGUAAUGAGUGUGGGAAAUCUUUCAACCGCAGUUCUCAUCUGGUUAUGCAUCAGAGAACUCAUACUGGAGAAAAGCCCUAUGAAUGUAACCAGUGUGGGAAGUCCUUUAGCCAGAGUUAUGUUCUUGUUGUACAUCAGAGAACUCACACUGGAGAAAAGCCGUACGAGUGCAGUCAGUGUGGGAAGUCCUUCAGGCAGAGUUCAUGCCUUACUCAACAUCAAAGAACUCAUACUGGAGAGAAACCCUAUGAAUGUAAUCAGUGUGGGAAAACAUUCAGUUUGAGUGCUCGACUUAUUGUACAUCAAAGAACUCAUACUGGAGAAAAGCCCUUUACAUGUAAUCAGUGUGGGAAAGCUUUCAUUAAUAGUUCUAAACUUAUUAGGCAUCAGGCAACUCAUACUGAGGAGAAACCCUAUGAAUGUAACUAGUUUGGAAGCCUUUCAGCCAGCGUAUUUUUUUUUCUUUUCCUUUUUCUUACAUUUCUUUCUCCUUCCUUCCUUCUUUUCUUUUUUCUUCCUUUCAAAUGUCAGCCCUCUGUUAUUGUGGAUCUGGAAGUUUGGUCUGGUGAAGAAAGAAAAACAGUCACAUAUUUUACUUAACAUUUUGUAUUAAAAAGUUCAAACUUGGCCUUUAAGACACAUUGCCACAUAAGUAAUAAAUAUUGGCACUUUUCCUGGAAGAAAGCACUCUGACCUGAGGAAAUGAUCAUUAAAUGGGCAACUUACUAUGGAGUGAUUGUGAGUGAGGUAGAACUCUUUAACAAUAAAGAGUAAAUGAGAAUGCAAA